AUAGGAUAAUGAUAAAACUUAUUUCCGUCUGCAAUUCACUCUGCAUCAGUUUACCAUUGUAUGAUUCAUGUCUUCAUAGUCGCGUGGACUUUGAAAGGAAGAUUUGUCUUGCGCAAAUUUACAAACCAGAAUUUGGAUUAAAGUCUCUCAUUUGGUAUUUAAAUUACGAUUUUGCUAUUUUGUUUGCCCUAAAGUUAAACAAAAAUAUUUCCCAUUAGUUACAAUAUGGAGAUCAAUAAGACGUUUGAGAGAAAAUUUUGACAGUCUGAACAAAUAGUGUUAGUGCUUAUAACAAAGGCAAUUCGCGAGUUUUCACAAUCGAUCCAGCAGGUACGCGGUUACUUCCUGGCAAUAAGAAAACGUGCAGAAAAUAUUUUGAAUAAACAUAGGCCUUUAUUUCCGCGUCGUGAGCAUGGCAACGUCUACCGGAGUUGUCGGACAGGUGAUAAAGGACGAAUGAAACAUUUUUUCGUGAAGUGUGUAUUUAACCGUGAUGGAAUGAAUCGUGUCAACUUAAUUGUGUGUGGUAAUAACGAAUUAAGAAGGCCUCGGAAUGCUGUAGAUUAUAGUUUUAGCUGCUAGAAUUGGACUAUCAAGUAUCAAACCGUAAACAAUGACGAUUGUGUGGACAGUCACUUUAGGUUUAUUGGUCCUGCAAGUAAAUCUAUUUGGCUUGGCGCAAAUGAAUGUAAUCGAUCCAAAGAGUCAAGUUCAAAUUCAUGGCCUCGAUGGAACAUCGUUGAAGGUUGAGUUCACGUCAAGCGAAUCGCAAAGUGUCGUUGAAGGCGGUACGAACAUUAACUUUAACAUUACAAUAUCUUACGAUAGUGCGACGAUUCACAGUGGCGUUGAUGAGAAGCGACAAAGCGAAUUCAAUGAAUAUUGUAAGUACGUUGAAGAGCUGCGAGGCACGGUUCUUUAUAGAGGAGGUGAUACAUUCUUGAACUGUACGAAUGUGACACGGCUCGUCGAGUCAAACUACACAUGCAACAGCACCGACGGAAUAAACUGUAUUCUGAAUGCAACAGAUAUUUCACCUUCAAUCUUUGGCAACUGGAGUUUGUUGAACGUCACGAAUUCUACGCUGAAUUCCAGUUCUUUACAAAACAACGCGAGAAAUCUAACAGAGAUUUUAAAGACGGUUUAUCGAAAUGUUACUUCGGUUGUCUGUGUUAACUCUACGACACCUUUGGUGGCAUACAAACCAACUAUACAACCGCCUGGGUAUUUUAACCUCACGUAUCAAACGGUGGAAAUCGACAUCGUCCUACCGAGAGAGUUUGAUAUCAACUCGGUUGAGAGUCUGAAGCUUAUGCAUGAUUUCAAGAACUCGUCUAAGAACUGUACGAGCUAUAUUGUGAACAGUACGAUAGAUGCUGAAAUGCCGAACGUUACACUUCGUGUCCAGUUAGCUAAUAUCAGCUGGAGCGGUUCAAUGAUUAUCCAUUCAUCGGUGAGCGAAAGAGUUAUCCCUAAACAACUUCUGAAUGCGACCGGUCGCGUUAAAUUCGCCGGCGAGGAUAAGGAAUUGUGGAUCGGUUCCUAUACUGUCCCUGGACUGCAAUACAAAAGUUUUCAUUAUCUUUCGCCGAGUUUUGGACAAACGCCUUUGACUUUACUCACAGAUGAAGAGGAAAUUACCGUAAAAGCGAAGUUCGUUCUGCCCAGUGUUACAACAGAAGUUAAAGUGUUUGUUCAAUUUCCCGUUUAUAAUGGCACGAUUCCUCUCAAAAUCACCUCAGCAAGUGUUGAAAAUAUGCACUCGAAUGUACACUCUCCAAAUUUACGACCGGGCUCUAGUGUUGGCAGUAAUAUCGUCCUUACAAAUCCUGUAUCACUCAAUCCGAGCGCACCUACUUUGGUCACUUUCAAAUUUGGGACGACGGUUACCUCGCCUGGAGACGCGGAAAAAGGUGUCUUUCUUCAAGUAAAAGGUUUAGUCGAUUCGACAAGUCGCUAUGAUGUGUACGUUCCAGGGACGUUUGGAAAUAUAACGUCCUGGUUGGUUUAUUCGACAGCGCUAGGAGAUGAGACAAUUCAAUCUCCACAACGGGUUGAAACAGAAUUGGGCCAACCACAAGUGAAAUAUCAAAUGAAAUUCGAAAGAGGAGAUGGCAAUAUAGAAGGUGGCCUGGAAAUAACGAACUUGUUCGAGUUCUACAAUCCAUCCUUCGCUACCGAGGGGGCAGAGGUGCGUUUUCAAGUGUCGUUUGCCAGUUCCUACAUGGAUUUAGUGAGUUAUGAAGUCAGAGUUUGUAAUGUUUCUGUGGAUACCCCCGAUCAUUGUCAAAAUAUCUCCUUGUGGCCUCUGUUGACGAUCAGCAAUACGAGUACAAGUCUACUGGUUGAAAUUACCAAUUUAACGGCCGGUUUUGGCGUAUUUGGCAAAGCCGUGGGCAUCAUUCUUCCUACAGUUCCAGCCAGCGAGAGGCUCCUCAAUCAAGCAGAGUUGGAUUAUCAGCGAGAGAGAUGGUCGAAAGUGUCAGAUUCCAUAAAUCCAGAAAUAAUUACUCGGGAAGUAUCAGUAUCAAGCCAGGUCGUGUCAUCCUCUGUUGCCACGACGUCUCGAACAGAUGCAGCUGUCGGAGAAGAGUUUAAGUGUCACAUAGCAGGGAUUAUUCCUGUCACGUCGAAUAGAGAUUUCGCUAUCGUUGUCGGCAGCGAUGCUUCUGUGAGUUAUGGCCAAGGGAGCUUGGUUCAUGUUGGUGAAAAUUUAGCUGGAGAUGGCUUUCGCCAAGGAAUAGUUCUCAACAUAACAUCGGGAAUCACUCCAUACAUCGGGGCUUCUCCAGCAUUCUUCGGCCAGUUUGGAACCGUUACCAACAACGGGCGUUCAACUUCAGCAGAUGCCUCAACCUUCAUCAUAGAAGUGACACUCCUUGUCAAAAAAAUUAGUGCAAACACAAACGGCAAAAUAAUCCGUUUAACUUCAACCGUCCACCAUAACCCUGGCAACAGAAUAUACAAUUCAGUGAUAGGUCUCAAGGUUGUUGAGCCUUCUUUCACGGCAUCUGUUGUGGUGAGUCCCAGCAAAGAUGUAAAUCAAGACGUAGAAAUGAGCUUCGUCGCUACGAUAAAGCGCAGUUCGACAUCUAGAUCAACAGCAUUCAAUACGAUUCUCCUUUUGUCAAUCCCGGCUCCACAUUUUACCGUUACUGAAUAUACGUCUCAAACCGGAACAUUGAAAACUGUUCCUGGUAGCCAGAGUCCGGUACAGUUCUUGAGCCCAAGUGACAUCAAUUCCACCGUGAUCGUUUACGAGAAUGACGCGAUUUCUCAGAGUUCAGUUGAGAUAAGAUACAAAGCAAGAACUAGCUCGACUUUACCAGCGAGUAUUUUUAUUGUUCCAUCAUUUGUGAUGUCGUACACCAGUCUUCCCAAGAAUCUCAACCAAUCGUUAGCCAGAGAAUAUCAGUACGGUCGGAAAUCACAGCCAACGAUCCUUACGUUCCGUCCUGAUCCAUUCCUGAGCUUUUCAUUCCACUCGCACAACCAGGAAAAAUUCGACGCCGGUGAUGUUUUGAACUUCACGAUCGCUGUCAAAAACAUAGGAGUUGGUAAUGUAAAACCAAUUGCAUAUACGGUGAGAGUAGAGCUACCAUUAUCGAAAACGACAUUCAAAGACUCGUCUUUCAAUUGCAACCAAGGAAGCAUUACUGCGAGUUCCGACAGCCAAGUCAAAACAUAUUUGGUUCAAUCAGGAACAUUCGUUUACGGCGAAGAAAUUAGAUGCGAUUUGAAAACGACAUUGAAUACUGUGACUCCAGCUCAAAAGAUCAAGCUUUCGCCGAGAUUGUCCUAUCAUUGUCUCCCAACGGCUAAUCAAAACGAAUAUGAAGGGUAUACUUCGCGGGACAAAAGUGAAAUAUUCAUAAAAGAAUUAAGCAUGCAGUUGACUGCCAACGGCGAUACAUCCAACGUUCUUUGUAACGACGUCCUGGAGUAUAAUUUAAGGAUUGUUUUGCCCGAAGUAACUACGAAUCUCAGAGUUGAAUAUAAGAUCCCGACCAUUGCUAGCAACGCAAGAGGAAAGAGAUCAACCAGAGGAAAACGUGCAAGCCAGAUCAACACACUUCAACCAAACUCAUCUCAAACUUCUUAUACAAAUGGCGCCAAUCUUGUUGUAUCCUCGAUGACAAACUCCCUCGUUGGAACCACGUAUACCGUCGAAUUCCCAACAAUUACGAACCAGCCCGAUAACAUCGAUUCGGAAAAGGACGUACUGACGGUAAAAGUGAAGUUUCAGGUCGCCAAUGAACCAGUUAUAUUCAGUGGUAGAAAUUUCGAUAUCGUGAGUACAGUGUUCUAUCCAGGCGGUUCUGUUUCCCAAACAGCGACGUUUUAUGUCGUUGGACCUCUGGUGAAACCGCUCCUACAGUUGGCUAAAUCCUAUCAGGUCUUAGAUACUAGUUUAGAUUCCCCGAGCGGUAUAUUUUACGUGAACGUCAGUCACACAACCAGCUCGAAGUACGACGCUUAUGACGUCAACAUUACCGACUUCAUCGAAGGCAUGAACGUUAUUCGUGAUAAGGAGUUCCCUGGAAUUGAAAUAUCUGCUCUAAAAAGUAACACAUACCAGUUGAGCAGUAAUAUUCCUGUGAUUAAAGUGGGUGAAACAGUUCAUUUUUAUUAUAAAUCCAAAUUUAAAGUCGAAGUUAAGACUCCAAAAUAUAUACGUAAAACUGCGUCUGUGACAUGGCGAAGCCCUCAGUUGAAUAGUCCCGCGUACGGCCCUGAAAUUAAUUCCGAUGCAUGUGUUGGACGAAAUGACACAGAUAAAGAAAGGCGCGAUCCUCUCUAUCGCUUUCUUGCACUUGGUGCAUUUAUUGGUUUACUGGUCGGUUUUCUAACGAUUAUCAUCAGUGUGUGUAUAUUUAUCAAAUGCUGUCGGAAAGGAAGAUUGGUUCCGUACUACAGGAUACUAGCGGGAAAACCAACAUACACUGCUCUUCAAGAAGAGGAAUGUGAAGAGAAGCCGUUCACUGCUCCUGCAAACUCGAGCGUCGACCAAAAUGAAAGCGUCGUUUACAUCAUUUCAUUCAACGACCCCAAGAAGACUGAAAACGAGCUUGAAAGUCUCGAUAUGCAAACGACAAAAGGUCUUGAUCGUCAAAUGGAGAACAGUCGUCAAACAAUGUUUAUGACCGUGUUUGAACGCAUCCUUAAGAAUCUUCGCACAAAGCGAGAUAUUUCAGAGGAUCAAAUGAAAAUGUACACAAAGAAAAUGCACGCUCGUUUGGACGAGAUAUCCGCGAGAAAUCGUCAAGAAUAUACUAAAAGGUCUGAAGAUUUACAGAAGAAUAUGCAACAGAAAGGAGAGUUGGAAAUGCAGAAAUUAGACGAAAGGAGACAACGAGAAGUUGAGGAAGCUAAGACAAAAUUGGAUGGCGCCGAUAAGAAAAAAACGAAGGAGGUUUUGAGUCUGAUUGUCGCUCAUUAUCAGACUCUUGAAAAUGACGUUCGCGCGCAGAUCAAACUUGAGCACGAUGUGGAAAUGGAAAAGAUUAGGAAGGAACUGUCGAUAAACAGCCGACUGUCUUCGAAGGAGGCUCAAGGGAGCUUGCUCAAGGAAAUGAUACAGGAGGCUCAGAUAAACGAGGCGGAAGCUGAAGUGAUCGUCUCCGAGCAUCUGGAAGCCGUUGCUGCUGUCGAGAAAAUACACGACGAUGAAAAAUCUCGUCAUAACAUGGCACUCGAGAUGAGAAGGGAAGAACGAAAAGCUUUGGCGGAAGAAAUGCGAGAACAAGAGGAGCAGGAGGCUCAGGUUUUGGCAACCAUAAAGGAGAAAUACGACAACGCUUUAGAAAAUUUAGUAUCUUCCUCGCAAGUUUCCGAAGAAGAGGCGACAGCGUACAGAGAGAAACUCAUGAAGGACGUCGAGACUUUGGACAAGAAGCUCGAGAAACAAAGAAGCCGUCAAGAAGAAAGUCUUCACGACCGUUUGAGUUUGCUAAAGAAGAAAAAGCUACAGGAAAAGGAAGACGGAUACAAGUUGGCAGUGAAAAAUAUAGAAGAAACAAAUAAUGACUCGGAAAGUCCCAAGGAUGUGAUUUUAGCGAGACAGAAAUUGACUCAGAAAUAUAACGAGGAAGUUCACGAGUUGGAACGGGAACUUGAUAGAAACGCUGCAGAAGAUUUAAAGGAACUUCGUAGUCAAUACGCCGAACAAACCCGUGGCGAGUAUAAGAACAAGAUUGAAAAAUAUUAUAAAGAACUAAUGAAGAAAGGUGCUAUGCAAGAGGAUUACCAGCAGCUUUUGGAUUCGCAUGAUCAAGAUGUGGCAAGGAUUUUAGUAAAUCAACAAGCUGAACAAAAUAAACAAAAAAUUGCUUUAGAUGAGAAACUGAAGAGGCGCCGGGAAUUACUGACAGAGAAAAUGAAGGCGGAACAAAAGGAACAAGAACAGAUCAGAAAUGAAGAACAGAAAGUUUUGAAGAACAUGAUAGAUAAUCAAGUCGUGAUAUCUGAAGAAGAAAAAGAGAAAAUACUACGGGAACACGAGCAAAACAUGGCUGAACUAGAAAGCAGUUUGACGUUGAGUAAGUUGCGACAAAAACAAAUGCUGGAAGAGAAAUUGGAAAAGAGACGAGCGAAGAAAAUGGAGAAGUUACAACAGAAACAUGAGAAUGAAAAUAAGCGAAUCAAAAUCGAGAACGUCGAGGGUGCGACAGAGGAAGUGGAUCUACUUAAGAAACAAGAGAUGGAAAAGCAACAACUCAUAGAAAAUGAUGCGAAUAUGGAAAACGAGAUUGAACAGAUUCGUGAAGAGAUGCUGAACGCACGUAUGGAGGCCCUUCAGGAACACAAUGAUCGUCUCGGUGCUCUUAUUUCUGAUCUACAGAUCAAGAGAGCUAGCCAGAUUGCAGAAAUCAACAAACAGCAACGAGCCUUAAGUCAACUUCAGACAAGCAUUCUUGAUGAUUUGGAUGAGAAAGGUGUCUUGGUUGAUCCAGAAACUAAAGCGAUCCUGCAACAGCAUCAAGAGCAAUCCCAAAAUCUGGAAAAAGUCUUGAAAGAUCAACGCAACCAGCAGGAAAAGGCUCUUAAAGAAAGAUUGAGCGAGAAACUUAAACAAAAAGAACAACGGUUAAUGCAAGAACAAAAGGAUGAGAUUGGUAAAUAUAUUGAAAGCCACGAAAGUAGCAAUGCGGUUAUGAGGUUCCGAAAAGCAGCUUUGAAGGCCAGACACAAAGCUCAGCUCGAUCAAGAACGGCAGCAAAUUGAGAAAGAGAUCGAGCAGUCUAUGAACGAACUAAAAAUGCAACUGGAGUUAAACAGACUUAAAGCAGUUGAAAAACAGAAUAUCCAAUUUAUUUCCGCGCUGGUUAAAUGUGGUAAAAUCCAGGAAGAAGAGCUGGACUCUGUACUUCAAGUUUUAUUCCCAGCAAAGAAACCGGAAGAGAUAGAUGAACUACUUGCGCAAAUUUACGGUCCUGCUCACACGAAAACUAGUGCUUUAGCAUUGCAUUCGUCCAAGCCCUCUUCCUUAGAAUUGAAAGUUAUAGCUCAGAUAAGUCCUAUGCCGUCUAGUAAGAGGAAAGUCAAGCCUCGCUUCGAGAAACCAGAUGAUCUGAACGAUCUCCCGCCCCCGGAAGUGGCGUCCGAUCUCCCCCCCGUUAUUCUUCAAGGAAGCAAAGGAUUCAACCUUCAAAACAGCUUGAAGAGUGAUCGUAGUAAGAAUAAAACUGAUGGCAGUAAACCGCUGGGCAGAGUUCGGUUGGCACCACUCGACAAAAACUUAUAGGCACAUAUUAACAAACACAGAUUUCAACGAUAAUUGGUUUAAUAACGUCAACUAUUCUCUAGACUCGUUGUUUAUGAACAAAUCCAGUACUUUAUAUCCAAACCCAAUAAUUUUACCCCUUGACAACCCCUGACAUCCACAUUUUAACCUCUGAACUAAUAUCCUGUAUAGAACUGUGAACUAAAACCUAAACCUUUAAUUAAAGACAAUCCCUAACCCUAAUCAAGAAUCUAAUAUAUAUUUAUCUAAUCCAAAAAUUAUUACUAAGCCAGUUAUUUAUUAUUUAUUGAUAGUCGUAUUGUAUUGAAAACUCAACGCACCAUCCUUAACUAAGUUACGACCUCCGUGCUCGUAAAUGAACGUACAAAUACACGUUGGUCAUAUUCGGCAAAUUUUCUCCCGGUAAAGAGGGCUCAGUUUUCCAGCGGUCUUCGCAUGAAAAAUU